UCGCUCAAAUCUCAGGACAAGUGACACAAAAAUAGAUGUUUUUUAAAGGAAUAGACGCAGCAGCGGCUUGCCAUAGGCGGGGCCUGAGCGAACCAGACGGGGCGGAGCACCGGUAGGCCCGGCCCCGCUCGGCGCAGACAUCCUUGUGUCCCGUUCGCCUUGCGCGCUUCGGAACCGGAGAGGGGGCUGGUCUGAGGGAGGGACUAGCGCAAACGGGGGACGAGGACCAGGAGGGGGCGGGGUGGCGGCGAGGGUGCUGUUUCUCCAGUCUCUUACCAGUGUCUUUGUCUCACACUCUUUUGUUAGCCAUGCCUAGCUUGCUGGUUCUAGCAGGGAUCAUGGAGAAAAAUGGGGGCUACGGCGGAGAUUUAGCCGGCUCCGGCUUCGGCAGCGAAGGUCUCCUAGUGCCACCCGAGGAGGAGGAGGACGAUUCCCGUGCCCUUAGAGUUGCGCUGGGCCAACUGUCGCUGCUGGGUCUUGGAGAGGGCGAGGACGGGGCUCCUGCGGGUGGAGGUGGUGGUGGUGGAGGAGUUCAAGACAGGAGUAAUAAUAACCACCACAACCACAUCCAAGCCGAGCCGGGGAUGUUACAAGGGAAGAAUAAGUUGUGCGCCCUGUACGAGAGCUCGCCGACCGAAACCAAAGGACGGGGCUGCAACAUAACGGAGUGCGUCCCCGUGCCAAGCUCCGAACAUGUGGCCGAAAUAGUGGGGAGACAAGGUUGCAAAAUCAAAGCUUUGCGUGCAAAGACAAACACCUACAUCAAGACCCCCGUCAGAGGUGAAGAACCAGUCUUCCUCAUCACCGGGCGCAAAGAGGAUGUGGCCCUGGCCAGACGUGAAAUCAUCUCAGCUGCAGAGCACUUCUCCAUGCUGCGGGCCUCCAGGAACAAGUUCAGCGGCUCUCCUCCUGCACCUCUACCUGGCCAGACCACCAUACAGGUGCGGGUUCCCUACCGGGUUGUGGGUUUGGUGGUCGGACCCAAAGGCUCGACUAUAAAACGCAUCCAGCAGCAAACGUGCACUUACAUCGUCACUCCCAGCCGCGACCGUGACCCCGUCUUUGAGAUCACAGGCUCCCCUGGGAACGCCGAACGGGCUCGGGAAGAAAUCGAGGCGCACAUCGCCUUCCGCACAGGUGGCCUGCACGAUCACAACAAUGAGAAUGACUGCUUGGGCCCUGAAAGUGGCAACGGGGGUCUGGAGAGCCGCCUGCAGCAGGUGUGGGGGCUACAGGGGGCCCCGCGGAAGCCGCUUGCCAGCAGCUACCGCCAGAAUUUCUCAGACACCGUGGUCGGAAGUAGCAGUGGAGGAGGAGGAGGGAUUUACAGUAAAGGUGACUUUAACAACCAUGGCAGCAGCGGGGACAAGCCGUCCUCCUACUUCGGCUCCGAGGGCACUCAAAGCUGGGGCGAUCCCGACUAUCCCAAACAGGUGGCUUACUAUGCCCAGCAGCGCUCCAAAAGCUUUGGAGGCCUGCCUCUUCCUCUGACCAGACUGUCACCGGGUUUGCCCGAACCAUGCGGAACCGGCAACUCCAACGCUGUUGGGUCUCCUCACGCCCAGGCUCGCCGUGCCCACAGCGAGCCCACCGCUGCCACCGGGGCAUUCACCGGACGUCUGCCUGUGCCGGAUUCUCCGCCUGCCAUGUCUCGGGACUGCAUGACCUGUUUCGAGAGCAAGGUGACGGCUGCUUUGGUCCCGUGUGGUCAUAACCUCUUCUGCAUGGAGUGUGCCAUCCGAAUUUGUGAGCUAAAUCAUCCAGAGUGCCCUGUUUGCCACACCCUGGUCACACAGGCUAUUCGAAUAUUCUCUUAAAGAGUCAGUUCUUUUCGUUUUGUCUCGUUUUGUUUCCUGUGCUUUGUUUUUAAUCUGUAGAAUCAGUUUACCUUUUUUUUUUUAUUUGGUCAGUAUUCACUUUUUUUAUUUUUCAGAAAACACAAAACCAAAACAAGCAGAUAUUUUAGAACACACUGCUUGCUUUACUAAAAAAAAAGAGGAAGAAGUAUUUUCAGAUUUUUCUUUUAUAUGUACACAUAUAUACAUAUAUAUUUUAUAAAGGUUUUUUUAAAAAUGGGAAGAACGUAGUUCUUAGCAUGUUUGUUUUCGUUUUUCCUUUUAUUUAAUUUUUUACUGGUGCUGUUUUUUUCCACAUGCUGUGUGUGGACAGUGACAGGAGAAAUAAUGUGAACAUUUGACACUUUUCCUCAGCUGGGGAAGUAUGUUGUUAUUAUUAUUAUAUGAAAAAUAUCAAUACAAGUUUAUUUCCUAAGAUUGGAGUAUAGUUUUACAUCCCAGCAUCUUCUGCAAAUGAGCGAGUAUUCUUUUUUAGAUGGCAAACUAGAAUCUUAAAUCUUUGCACCUUAAAACUGAUGUGAAGUGAUUGUCAAAAAAAAAGUCUAUGCGAAAUAGAUGGUAUAGAAAUGGGGCUGAUAUAUACAACCAGAUGUUGGUGUGGCUUUAGAUUUGGAUCAUAUUCUAAACAACACAAUUACCAAUGUAGUAUCUUGCUUUGCUGAUCAAUAUUCGAACAGGUAAUUGACGAGUAAAACAGGGAGAUUUUCUUUUUUUAUAUAUAUAUUUUUGUUUGUUUCUGCACCAGUGAGCCUAUUAUAUAAGGUAUAAAGAGGACUAAUAAGAUACCGUACGAAAAUCUGAUCGGUCAGCUCAACAAAAAAAACGUGGAAUUCAUCAAGCGUUCUGACGUUCAAGAGGUCUUUCCCAGGUUUUUUUUUAUUCUUAAUUCUGCACUAUUUAUGUUUAUGAUUUUGAAUUUCCACUCGUUUAUUUAGUAAAACAUCGAUUGUGAGCAUAAGGCAUGAGGAGGGGGCAAAAAAAAAAAAAGCUGAGGGGGUGAUUGAGGGAGGGGGUCUGUAAUCUGAUCCUGAAUAGACCAAAUAGACAAAAGCAAGCAAGACUCUGAGCUACAGUACAAUGUAAACCACCCGCUCCCGAAAGUGCCCUGCAUUUGAGUUGCAAAGCAUCAGCACUGAGGCAGGUGUUGCUUAUCGUACUUUCCAUUAAGUUUUUUUUUCCUCUCUCUCUCUUUUGAGGGUCAGAAUGUCAGAGGGGGGACUUGUGCUCCAAUUCUACCAACGGCUCUGUGCAUAUGCUGUAAUGACAAGCGAGCUCCGGAGCUCCUCCCAGCGAGUAUAUUGUUUUGUCGCAGUGGUGGUACAAUCCCUGGAGCGCCCCGACAUGGCCUGCCCUAGGAGGAGCUGAUAAUUAGCUAUACAUCAGAGUCCAGGUGCAAAGCAACUGCUGUAGGAGUAAGGAGGGGUGGCGUACAGUGGCGUGAAUGAGGACGGAGGAGACGCGGCGCAGGGGGCUACACUAGGUGCAGCUGGGGCCCCCUCCUGUUGAUCGCUCGCUCCCGUUCUGCUAUUCCCAAUGGGAAGAAAAGGGGCCUCUUUUGUCCUGCCAUCAGGGCGGAAAAAAAAUCCAAGAGCAGAUUUUAUUUCAAAAAGAGAGAGAACGGCAGGGUAGAGAGUGAAGGCUGACUAGAUAGACCCCAUGCAUUUUUAUUCAGCAUAGCGAAAAGUGGAAAUUUAAUGUGCAACGAGAAGCAAGUUUCCAUGGAGUCUUCCUUCACGAGUGGGACAUCCUGCCGUGACCCCCUCGAGACUGCCCUGCCAGUGCACGGUCACAAGCAGCCAAUCGCAGAGCAACCUUGAACUCCACAAUGAAAUCAGACAAUUGUAAUUGACAAGAAAGAAAGGGGGGGAAACGCCCAAUUUGGUGGCCGCUCAAGCUGAAUCAAAUUACACACCCACUGCCUGUCUCAUUGCAGGCUAGGGGAUUUCGGAAUAGGGGAUUAGAGCAUUCGAAGUUUGGGAAACUGUCUUUUUUUUAUUAACCCCCUCGCUGCAAAAGACUUAAGAAAGUGUACUGUUUGAAAUGGGUCAGUUUUCCCCCAUCGAGCCUCUCAGCGCCAUUGCCACAUGUGCGCGGUGUUAGAAGAGAUGCUAGGGUAAGCUUGUGAUUGUAUUUACCUUUGAGCCAUUAGCAUCUUUUAAUAUUAGUUCUGAAAAACUUUUUGAUGCUGAGUUGACUGUUCAAAUAGUUGUUUGCCUCAAUUGAUGUAAGGACGCAUUAGCGUUUAAUAGUGUUUUUUUUUUUUUGUUGUUGAUGUUGUUUAAGAGAACAAGUACUUUGUUUGAGCAUCAGUUUAAUAAGGUACUUACUUUAAUUGAAGUAUAUUUUCCCUUUAAGUGACUCUCGGUUGUGAGAGAUGAAACUGAAAAGGCUUAACAAAUUAAAGCUCCUAAAAAAGCACCUUAUUUUGAAGAACACAGCAGCAUUUGCAAUCGAAAAGCAUGUGCAUUUGUCGACAGCUAUAUCUCAAAUGGCAAAUAUGGUUAUUGUUGCACUUGGGUUAUAUUUCGAGUUAGUUGGUUGUAUUUGCACGGUUGAAAAAGCCUUUUAAAUGUCGCAGCCUUUAGACGUUCAGUUUGGAUUUCUUUUACAACAGUAAGAUGGUAUUGAACGGAGGUUUUUCUUACCGUCAUUUCUGAUUCUUCAAAUCCCCAGCACUGAUCAGGGACAGAUGCUCGUCCAUUGAAGGAAUGCAUGCUAAUGCAUUUCAUUCAUUUGUAAAAAAAAAAAUAAAUAAAUAAGUGAAUAAAUAAACCAAAUCUGUUUUUAAAAACUGAAUUAUGCAAAAGUGUAACCGCUCAAAUUUUACAAUCCAAUUCAGAAUAUCUGUCUGCCAAUAAACCACUUUUGUUUUCCUGCCUCUUUUUAAGGUCACCAGGUCAGCGUAUGCAGGAAACGGCAAUAAACGUCUUAAUAAACGAGUUUAUCUUUAUCCCAAAAAAAUGCACUGUUACAAAAAAAAAAAAAUGCUUCGCAGUGGUUGCUAACCCUAAGAAAUCUUUAAAGCCAUGCACAAUUACACGAUAACCCCCCCUGCAGUAAUCCCAAUCUCAAAAUGCAGCACUUCAACUUAUUCCAUGAUUAUUUUUUUCAUAACUCAUAAAUAGAGUGAUGAUGAUGAUGAUAUACUUCAAAGAAUGUAGCCUGAAUCAAUGGUGCAGUGUAUUUAAAGUGAGAUAUUAUUCGAUGCAGGCUAUGAAACGGAGAGCUGUUUUACCUGUUAAAGACUUUACACAGCAAAACCUUUUUUGAGUAUUAUUUAUUUGAUAGGAAUAAGACUAUAUUUAUUGACAUUUAGGGAGAUGUAUAGUAAAGACUGACUACCAUAGGCAUAUCGUUAAAUCUAUUUCGCUAUAUAAGAAGCAAUUCUGAAAAUGUAGUACUAGUUGUCUAAUAGCCUACUUGUAAUAUUGCGUAAUAAGGCUUCAUCCCAAUAGAAAUCGAAUAAAGCGGAACGCCCCCCCCCAAAUCUGAAAGCGCUUCAGACGAAAUACAUAACCAAAAAAAUUAGGGUUAUCACAAUCAAUAGGGGAAGGAAUUAGUGUAGUUUAGUUUUUUUUUUUUUGUACAGGAUUUGCUUUGAUAUAUUGAAUGCAAACGGUUAUGAUGAUAUAUUAUAGGAUUAAAUAAAUCUACACACCCUAUAUUGAAUGCACAAAGUAUCAACUACAACGUUUAUUUAAAAAUGCACAUCCGUCCUCAUUUCGACUGGUGAAUUCCUUCGUCGUUCAUUUCAAGGGCACUAUUGUUAUGCCUAAUCCAAAAUAAUAACUGCCCGUGCGAAAGAAAAAGAGCCAUUCUGACAGAGAAAGGGGGAGUGGUCACAACACACGGCCACAGCUUCUCAAGCAGAAGUGCUCCAGUUUAGAGUCUUAACAGGUUUAACAAGAAUGUGUCGUAACGUGAAGCAUAAUAUUAAGAACCACUGUGAAUCUUGUUUGAUUUUUUUGGUUGCAGUAAUUACGUGGUGUUGUUAAAUAGUUAUUCAACAGCUUCCUUUUUGGGUUGUGCAUGCUGGGAAAUUAUUUUACAGAGCAUUAUUAACCUUUGAACAGCCUGUGUAGAUAAAAUAUAACAGAGCCACUUGUACUACUACAGAGAUCUUUAGUGAGGAUUGCAGCUGGUGUUUAAUGUAAUGUCGUACAACGACACCAGUUUAUUUUUCCAGGCAUUACACCCAACAUAAAGUUAUCUAAUGCACAAACCGGCCCGAUACAGUUGCGCUCAUAUGUUUACACGCCCCUAGCAGAGUCUUUUGUUUAGAAGGUGCUAAAAAAGAUAUUUAUUUUUAGUACUGACCUGAAUAUGUGAUGAUUUAAGCAUUCAGAUGUACAUUAUGACUCCGUCCAGUUUGCAUUGCCUAGCUAUAUAAGAUGCGUUUUGUCCUCGAGCGUCUGGGAUUGUUUGCAGCCUUUUUGUGAAAGCUGCACGAGUCUCUUCGAUUGUCCCGAGUGUCAAAGCCGGGGUGCGACAUUGUAAGGAAGAGCUCGAAUGUGCAGAGCAUGCUGGGAAACCAAAGAACUCGGAGGAUGUUUGUCAAGAACUGUGAGCUGCUUCUGCACUCGAAAUAUCGCAAACAGUCAUUGAUGCUCGAGGAGGAAACACACACAUACACAUACGCACGAUACUAAACAAGGCCAUGGGAGCAGUUUGUCUUGUGGAUUAUUCUUCAGGGAUGUACUAAAAAGAAUCAAAUGCAUUUAGAGUUUCUUGAAGGGGGUUUGCAAACUUAUGAGCCGAAUGAUGGAUAUAUUUGCAUUUUUUUAAGCCUUGCUAAUAUGUUUUCUUUUUUAUGCGAACAGUAUAUACCCUUAUAUGUUCUUACAUAGCAGAUAGCGAAGCUGCAUGUAUUUAUCUAUAACCACUGCAGCGUCCGUUUCAUAGAAUCACCAGAGAACAUAUACAUGAUGCACUUAAGCAAUUAUAAUGCCUUUCAGUAUAGUAAAAAAGGGCAAAUAAUGUAUUUGAAUGUAAAAAUGGCCACCCAACCAAUGUCUGAUUUUUUUUUGCCUUUUUUCUUUCAUCAAAAGUGAGCUUUAAGUUUAAAAAAGAAAAAAAAAAGAAUAAUUCAUGACUAGAGAAAUACCACCGUAUCUGUUUACGUUCUUCCUCACAGCAUUUAUACAAAGCAACU